UAGACGAAAAAAAUAAGUAGCUAACUUUAAAGAGAUACUUUUAUUCUACACCGAAUAACUCAACAUUUAAUUUCGCGUGCUUGUGUUCAAGUGUAGGCUAUCCUUCAUGUGUAGCCCAAACAAACAAGUAAACAAACAUGUCAUUGCGGUAAUUGUUGUAAUUUACUUGCAUUAUCUCGCAAGUAGACGUCAGUGUAACUGACCAAUUUGAUAUCCCUAGCUAGGCGACAUUGACGCUGCAGCAACCAAAAUUGGAUUAAAACUGAAAAAGUGAAUCAUUUUAUAGACAUAAUUAGUUAGCCUACUAACUAGCGUACACAUGUUCUUUGCCUCAGCGUAAUUUGACAAAGCAAUAGUUUCUACAUUUGAUCGUGUAUAAAGUUGAGGUGCCAGAAGGCUAUAAGAUGUAACAUUGUUUGUACGUGAACGAGCCUCAUUGUCGCUUCACUGAAAUAUCUUUCGUUUGUAAAUGAGUAUGAAGACAAGGAUACCGAAUGCUUUGGGAUUUUAAGAGAACCCUGACAUGUCUGGUCCUACCUGGCCGCCUCCAAAGACUCUGGGUAGCCCAGUGAGACCGGUCCCUCGAAUGUCCCAAUCUGGACCAGCCGUGUACAGACAGCUGCCCAUGAAGGUCUCCUCGGACACCCGGCCCAAGUAUGUGGUCCAUGACCAGAACAGAGGAGGAGGCGGAAUGGCCACUAGGUACUUGGCUACAAGAUCCACAGCUGGGCCCAUGCAGCACCACCACCAAGAGGACCCAAGGUUUCACCCUAAAUCUAAUGACCACUACUACCAACCACCUCCCCAAGGGCUUGAAGAAGACCAAUCCUUGAACCCUCACAUGGACCGCUACCAGCUGAUGCACCACUCCAACAUCGAUGCAGAGAUUGACUCGCUCACCUGCAUGCUGGCCGAUCUGGACAGCCAUCCACAAAACAGCGCACAGCUGUACGACAACGUGCCUUACGACAAACACUUCUCAGGGGACUGCUACAAACCCUCAGCCCAGCCAGGAGAACCCUCUCAGGGCAGGCAGUCCAUGGGAUUCUCCCCUCACCCCCAAUCCCAGUCCCAGUACGCUCCUGCACCCCCAUACCCCAGUGAUCCCCACCAGGGUCUCCAGUACUUCCCUCAGCCAGACUACACCGACGCCCAGGUAUCCAAACGCUACCCCCAGCCUGUCCCUGCCCCCUACACUACCGCCUCCACUCCUACUGGCCCGAGGUUCAGUGUCCAGGUCAAAACAGCUCAGCCUGUCACCAACUCCCAGACUGGUAGGCAAGCUGAACAGGCUUACACCCCUCCCCCACACCGCCAGCACGCGUUGUGGCCCCCAUCCCAGAAUCAGACUGGCCCCCUGGGCUGGUACCCUCCACAGCCCGAUUCCCAAGCCCAGGAGCUGCACUCUGAGAAGGGUUACAAGGGGAGUGAUGCAGGGUCUGGAGGGAGAGCUACCCAUUGCCCCAUGUCCAAUAGAGGCCCAGAGACUCAUCGAUCAGGGUCAGGCUCGGCACCAAGCUCCGCCUAUCAGCCCAGUAAGCAGGGGACAGCAGCUCUGAGGCCAGAGGAGGAGUUGGACCAGCUCACUAAGGAGUUGGUGUAUGACAUGAAUCAUCCCCCUACAGAAGAAUACUUUGGUCGCUGUGCACGUUGCGGUGACAACGUCCUUGGCGACGGCAGUGGCUGUAUUGCCAUGGAGCAGGUGUUCCACGUGGAGUGUUUCACUUGCAUCACCUGCCACACUCGUCUCCGGGGGCAACCGUUCUACGCCCUGGACAAGCAGAGCUACUGCGAGAGCUGUUAUAUUAGUACCCUAGAGCGCUGCUCCAAGUGCUCCAAGCCCAUCCUGGACCGUAUCCUACGGGCCAUGGGCAAGGCCUACCACCCGCGCUGCUUCAACUGUGUUGUGUGUGGCUGCUGCCUGGAUGGUGUACCCUUCACCGUGGACGCCACCUAUCAGAUCCACUGUAUAGACGACUUCCACAGGAAGUUUGCCCCACGCUGCUCAGUGUGUGGCCAGGCCAUCAUGCCCGAGCCUGGCCAAGAGGAGACGGUCAGGAUAGUGGCGCUGGACCGCAGCUUCCAUGUCAACUGCUAUGUGUGUGAGGAGUGUGGUCUGCUCCUGUCGUCUGAAGGUGAGGGGCGAGGCUGUUACCCCUUGGACGGUCACAUCCUGUGUAAGGGCUGCAGCGCCCGGCGCAUCCAGGACCUCUCUGCUAAAAUAUCCACUGACUGCUAACCAACUAUGGAAAAUCACAUCUUACCUUUUAACCUAUGACCCCCUCAACCCUUUCAUUACUUUCACCUGCUUUACGUAGAAGUUGCCGUAAGGACCAGAUCUGGAAUCAGUUCUACCCUUCUUUGACUCAUAAUCUUAACCACAAUGGGGAAAUGUUAACCUGACUUGAGAUCAGUGUCGAAGGGCAUCUUCAUCCCCCUUCACUUUUAUCCUCUCAUAGCCUUUCUUUAUACUUCAGAUGCCCAAAGCUGUGGAAUCAGUAGUAGUUGGCCUACUAUUGAACCUCAAUCUGACAGUCUUCAAUGUGAAGUCAUUAUUUAAUUUCCCUUGACCAGGUUUAUUUGUACAGGUUCAAGACAGGGUAUUGAAACAUGGAUUGACAAAUAGUUUGACCCCUAUCCCCUUCCGUAUCCUCUGCUUUACACUAUCACCUAUCCUCUACAUUCUCUACCCAUACUCCUUUUCCACCACACCCUAUCCCCUACCCCUCAGUCCCAUAGCAGUACUGUAUAGAGCCCCUGACCUGCAGGCAGCAGGGGCUGCACUACCCCAAAUCCUUGACUCCACCAUUGCUCAUCUCACACACUAUCCUGCAUGUUGCACACUAUAGCUGUGUUUGAAUACUCAUACUAACCAUACUAUUUGUGACGUGAAUUGUCUAUAUACUAUGCUUAUUGGUCAUAGUAUGGAUAUAGUUAGUAUGCCAAACGUUCCUGUAUGUCUUACUAAAUGGUAUCUUGCACCAAAAUAAGAAGUAAUCCAGUAACCGAAAGGUUGCUGGAUUGAAUCCCCGAGCUGACAAUGUAAAAAUCUGUCUUUCUGCCCCUGAACAAGGCAGGUAACCCAUUGUUCCUCUGUAGGCGGUCAUUGUAAAUAAGAAUUUGUUCUUAUGUGACUUGCCUAGUUAAAUAAAAAGUCAUUACAGCAGUAUAUUCAGGCGGUAUGUUAGCUAGGCUACUUAUACAUUUGUUGCCUACGUAUACAUCAAACUUGCCAGUAUCUUAUCUAUAGGCUAACUACCCAACGUUUAUUGACUUGAUUAUUCCCGUCAUUCUUAGUUUAGCUAAAUGGUAUAGUCGUUGGACAUUCGGACGCUUUCUUAAAUUCUCUCGUCUGAGUGUACCAGAGCGCAGAAUAAUUAAUGUAAUGUAAUAUGGCCGGUGUCAGUAAACGUCGGCAAAAAAAAACGUACUUAAAUUGUUGCCAGGAGCACAGUUAGUCACUAACGCUCUGGAUAACAUGAACACUGCAUAAUCAGAUCUGCCAGGGCGAGUAAAUGGUCAGUGGUUUCAUUUGUCUGGAAGUAGCCAACGUUAGCUUGGGGUCAGAACGCUGAAAUAAACUUUACUCCCCGUCCCGAGCGUCCAGUGUGUGCUCAGAGAGCGGAAUGUUCUGAAUUUACAAGAGCAGUUUGGCACUCCAGAUUGAGAACACACCCGAAGUUGUAAAACGUCUUAUUUAGUAAUUUAUGCAAACUAGCUAGUAUGAGGUUGUAUAUUAACAUUCACAACUUCCGGUAGAGAGGCGAGGCGCUAGUACUCUCAACUGUAAGGAUCUCAUUUCGUUCACAGUAUACUGAAAUGAACUAAUCGUUUGUAGUACUCAUUAUGUACUAUACAGUAUGUUAGUAUGGGUAUUUUCAACACAGAUCAUGUCUCACACACGAUCCUGCAUAUGUUGCACACUGUCUCACACUAUCCUACCAGACACAGGUGGGACAUGAAAGGAGCUCUAUGGAAAAUAAUGAUUGAUAUAUAUUGACGAUGUGGUGGAUGAUAAGUAUGAACAUUAGGUGAUAUUGAGGAAGAGUAGGAUAAUGAUGAGGAAUACAAUGUCUUCCUUGCUGUGGGGUAACUGACAAGUCCAGAUAAUGGAACAUAUAUUUUGUAUACCACUAAAGUCAAUAACUGCGCUGAACUGCCUCAUAAACAAAGUGCACAUAUGCAAAGUAUUUCUGUGACUGAGUUUGUAUUGCAGGUGGUUUUGGUUGUGGAGUGAAUGUGUUUGGAGACCUUUCAUUGGAGACCAAGUGGGUGUAGUCAGUGUGUUGUGCAGUGAAUAAGAGUUUUUAGAAAGUAGACGGAAAGAUUGUUUAGAGAGAACAUGAUCAUUAAAGUCGAUGCUUUGAUCUCAUUGGAUGUUAAUAACGUAUUUUUUAAAUUUAAAUGCAACCUUUUUUUUAAAAUUAGGCAAAUCCGUUAAGAACAAAUUCUUAUUUACAAUGACUGCCUACCCCAGCCGAACCGGACAACACUGGGCCAAUUGUGAGCCGCCCUAUGGGACUCCCAAUCAUGGCCGGAUGUGAUACAGACUGGAAUCAAACCAGGGACUGUAGUGAUGCCUCAUGCAGUGCCUUAGGCCGCUGCGUCACUCGGUAGCCCGUCAUGUAAUGGUAUUUGGCACCACAUGUCAGAACAUAACAUCAAUAUUGUAUUCCCCAGGACAGCGUUUUGUAUAUUGAUAAUGGUGCUGCAUUUCAGAGAAUGUUACUUGUAUACUAGUCCAAACCCCCUCUUUUAAAAUGUUUUUCCUUUUUUAAUAUUUGGGUUGAUUUGAUGUUACAAUGAAGAUGAAUAAGGUGCAAUGAAGUAUGCUUGCCAUUGUCUUAGUUUUUCUCAGUCGCUUUGGUGCAUUUUUCACAUCAUCCCUAACAUGUGCAAAAUAAGUGCAUUUUUCAGAACAAUUUGUACAAACUGCAAUAUAUAUAUAUGUUUCUAAAGCUAGUCAGUCACUAAAAAUCCUUAGUACAUCUCAAAAGUAAAUAUUCAUGCCAAUGAUCAUGAGAAUGAUCAUCAGAAUGUUGUCAUUGUUCACGAACAAGGUCGUCAAAAUGUUUAGGCAUGUUAAUGUAACUGUACUUUGACAGUAUUACCUGAUGUAAACUUAGGCUAUAGUUUGGAUGACAGUUACUGUAUUGAAAAUGCACAAGGCUGCACUUCUAUAGCAUAUCAAUUUCAACAGUACUAUUUACAUAUUACUGUAUGUGGGUUAUUGAUUGAAAGAGACUGGACAACCCAAUGGGCACAAAGGAAAAAAAACUAAAUUAGAAAGAAACACAGGAAACCACCCCUUAGGCACAACUUUGCCCGCAGCACAGUUGUGCUGUCUCUACACAUCCAGACGUUCCUGUCUGUCGGCCCACAUAUUCUCAUCCACAUCACACCGGAUAUUUUCCCUUCCAAUGCAACGUGGAAAUAAUCUUUUGGAAUGCCUUAUCCAUCUACUGUGAUGUCCUCACAUGCUGCAUCCAUUGCAGCCAGCAGGGUCAUCUGUGUGUGUGGCUGACGAUCGUACACCUUCCAUCUCCAUGCUGAAAAUAACUCCUCAAUUGGGAGGAAUUCUAUGAGCAUCCUCGGGUGGGUCACAAACCAUUGCCUUAUGAUGUUUGAUUGAUGGAAACUCACAUUAUCACAAAUGACCACGUAUUUUGGCAAAUCCUCUCUAAACAGACCCCUCAUCAUCAGGGAUGAGAGCCCUGUAGAGAGUCUUUAAAAAGUUGAGUAGAUGCUGGGUGUUGCAUGGCCCUAUAAGGGGGAUAUGGGUUAGGACACCAUGCUCCGAAAUAGCAGCACACAUGGUGAUAUUUCCUCCCCGUUGGCCUGGCAAAUCCACAGUAGCUCUGUGACCGAUGAUAUUCCGACCCCUCCUUCUGCAUUUGGUCAGGUUGAAGCCAGCCUCAUCCACGUAUACAAAGUUGUGAGAGGGUUCACUUGAUUCCAACUCCAUUAUACGAUAUAUCCCAGAACACACAGUUGAAUUUGUUUUGGUAAGGAAGAGUGACAAAAUGUACAUAUAUUGAAUGUUCCUUCCACAGCAAUGGAAAUGUGUGCAGUUUAUGCUUACUGUACUAUGUAUCACUAUAAAAUGUUGCUGUAAAGUAGUUACAUAGAUAUGUUUUACCUGUACAUACUGGUACCGUAGCUCCUUAACUCUGUCCUCAUUCCUUUGGAAUAGUACACGGUACAGCUGUUUCAUACUCAUCUGGUUUCUAUGCAGCACCCUGUCGAUGGUUGAGAUGCUAACCGUAUGGAUGUUUUCAAAGACAUCGUUGUCUUCUAUAAUGGUCCUUUGUAUUUCCCUGAGUCUAAUGGCAUUGUUUGCUAGGACCAUGGUGCAAAUAGCCUCCUCCUGUUGAGGUGUGAAAAGGCGUCCUCUGCCACCGGUUUGAGGUAAUCUUGCAGUCCUAUGUGGGGAAAAAUGCAAUGAUGCAUCGCACACUUUCAUAUAGACAAAAACUAUGCGAACACACAUUUUACUGUAAAACAUACAGGUGGGUGCAUGUAAGGUGCAGUAUGUAUCUGUAUAGAGUAUAUUUCUGUAUGCUGUGAAAUACAAGUGGACUACUGUAAUAUGAAGCAUUGUAGGAAGUAUACAGUAUACUGCUUAUAUACAGUAACUGCACUGUACAUUGGUGGACAUACCUGUUCUCUCUUCGAAACGUUUGAACUAUUGAGGACACAGAUCUCCCAAUAUUCGGCUGCACCCUUCGACCCGCCUCAGCCAUUGUAAGGCCAUGAUUGACAACAUGGUCUACAAUAGUGGCCCUUAUGUCAUCAGAUAUGCGCCUAUGUCCUCUUCUGUCUCUUCCUCUGUUUUGCCUUCCACCACGCAUCCUUGCUCCUCUUCUUCCUCCUCUUGGCUGUUGACCCUGUUCGUUUCCUGGUCCAUCCAUUAUUGGAAAAUUGCAACUCUGUGUUGUGGUCUGUCUAUAUAUGCUUGCCAAUUGAUUCUUCAUGAGAUGCACCUGUGAGCAAUUUAGACAACUGUUUGAUAGUUCAACCAACAAACACUUUACAUUCCUUCAUGAGUGAGGGUCAAUUUCACCUGCACGAUUCAUCAAUUCAAGUUUUUGUACAAAAGGUCUACUAGAAAUGUGUAAAACUAUGCUUGACAGUUUAUGACAAAUAGUUCAACAAUUUUGCAUGUAAUGGCUUAUGCAAGGAACUAAUGCCUAGAUGUUUUGAGGGGUAAGACUAUUCAACAGAGAACCAUCUACUAUAUUUUGAUCAACAUGACAUGAGCAAUUGAUCAUGUGGAAAAAACCUGACACUUGUACAUUAUAUAUUGCAAUUUGUUCAAAGGAAUAAGAAAUUGCUUUAAUGAUGUGCACAAGUGACUAGAUGAUUUGGAAUUUGUACAAGUAGUAUCAAGAAUUGCAUUUUUUUUUAAUCUAAGAAAUGCACCAAAGAGACUGAGGAAAAACUGUAAAAAUCUAUUAAGCUCCAACCCUUUUCCCCCCAAUUUUCACCUAAAAUGACAAACCCAAAUCUAACUGCCUGUAGCAAGGAUAUGCAUAUUCUUGAUACAACUUCAAAGUAAACACCAAAUUUAGAUUUUGGCCACGAGAUAGCAGGAAUGUGUGGGCAAAGUUUUAGACUGAUCCAAUGAACCAUUGCAUUUCUGUAUUUAAAAAUAAAAUACAAAUUCAGGUCUGCCCAAAUGUGCCUAUUUGGUUUAUUGAUACAUUUUCAGGUUCAUAACUGUGCACUCUCCUCAAACAAUAGCAUGGUAUUCUUUCACUCAUAGCUACUGUAAAUUUGACAGUGCAGCUAGAUUAAGAAGUUAAGCUUUCUGCCCAUAUCAGAUAUGUCUAUGUCCUGGGAAAUGUUUUUGUUACUUACAACCUCAUGCUAAUCACAUUAGAGCACAUUAUCUUAACUGUCCUGUGGGGUGGGGGGUCACCGAUCCCGUGGAGGUUAAUGAGAAACCGCCAUCUCCAUGCUUGCCACUUGGGCUGAGAACAUCCUCUUGUGUUCAUUAUGGGUUUUUGUUUAAGUUUAGUCUUAGGACUUUGAUUUGUGUCCAAUCCCUGCCCUCAUAGCACCAUCGACCAUGUUUAAGUAACUCUGCGACAUUGGAAUUAUUCACACAUUGUGUUGAUGUAAUUUGUCCUUAAGAUUCUCCGUCCCCCUGUCUUCAUUUUGUAACGUAAAAACUGGUAGUAUGAUUUUACGGUUUUGAAGCUUCUCUUCCAACUACAGGACCCUUAAAAUACCAAUUGUUUCCUUUGUCCAGAAUCAUGUUUUGUUUCAGCAUUUGAUUCUUCUCAGAGUAUAGGUCAAUGAGCACAAUGAUAUGAAGGUCCCUGUUUUGAGCCCUGUGAGUUGAAUUUUCCACUUUAUUUAUUUCAACUCCUGUUCUUGUACUGCUAUUGUCGCAAAGUCUAUGUUUAUCUGUGAUAUUGAGAUUAACUGUGUGUAAUUGUUUUAUGUUCCACAGCAUCGUACAGAUAAGUGCAGAAUAAUCUUAUUUGUCCUGGAGCGGAAUAGACUGAGCAGGUGUUUGUACAAUUUGACUCGAGUUUGAAGUAGGUGUGUGUAAAUGAUUAGCUUUCUUCUCGAAUGCCGAUUGUAGUUUGUGAUCAAUUCAAUAAACCAUCCUUUUUUUCCAGCAUA